AUGGCCCUAAUGCAAACAAACCAGACCUCGAUCAGAUAUUUUAUCAUUAAAGGGAUAUCAGAUGACCCAUAUUUGCAGUUUCCAAUCUUCCUUCUGGUUCUCCUGAUUUAUCUCACCACCAUAUCUGGUAACAUGACCAUUCUCAUUGCUUGUAGGGCACCUCAUCUCCACACUCCUAUGUAUUUCUUCCUGGGUAACUUGUCCAUCAUAGACAUCUGUUGUUCUACAGUUUCCUUACAUAAGAUCCUCACAAAUUUCAUCACUGGGGAUAAAAGAGUCUCCUUUCUUGCCUGCAUGGUACAGAUGUACUUUUUUGGUUCCUUACAAGGUCUUGAGCUGUUAAUAUUGUCGGCCAUGAGUUAUGACCGAUACGUGGCCAUCUGUAAGCCUUUACAAUACCACCUGGUUAUGAAUACUAGGACAUGCGGCAUAUUGGCUGGUACCUGUUGGAUUUGGGGAUUUUUGCAAGUUCUUCCUCCUGUAGGGACAGUAUAUAGUUUUUCUUGUUAUUCCUCUAUUGAGAUCAACCACUUCUUCUGUGACAUAAUCCCUGUUAUAAGAAUUUCUUGUGAAGACACCACUUUUGUUGAAAUGCUCUUUUUUAUAGAAGGACUAUUCCCCAUAAUACUGACACCAUUUCUCCUAACGUUUUUGUCUUAUAUAUUUAUCAUACACGCCAUAUUGAAGAUUCAUACCAGCUCUGGAAGACUGAAGGCCUUCUACACAUGUUCCUCACACCUCACGGUGGUCAUAUUAUUGUAUACAACACUUUUUGGGCAAUAUCUGACCCCAAACCUAAGUAGCACCUUGGAGUCCAAGAAACUUUUUGCUUUGUUUAACACGGCCGCUGUUCCUCUGCUCAAUCCUGUGAUCUACAGCCUGAAGAAUAAAGAUGUGAAAAGGGCUUUGAACAAAAAAGAGCCUAGGCCCUGUUAA